UGAGCCACCAGAGAAGCUUAUAUCAUCUUGUUGAAGCAUUUAAACUUUAUUGCUGUUGGGGCAGAAUAUCGUGUCCUCUAUCCUCUUAGGUUCUUUGUCUGGAGCCUGCAGAGUAGACACACGAAGGGUAGAUGAACAGGAGAAAGAAGUCUUCUGUUUACAUUUCCCAAGAAAGGAGGCAAGUGGGCUCUAGGCUAGAUAUUUACAAUCUGCCUUCUGUUCCCACUUGGAGCCGGAAAUGACAGGAACAGAGUAAAUAGCUGGACUUUGUCUGCUGUGGACACGGUAAUAUAACAAUCAUGGCAGGGACAAAGAGGGGCUAAACCCUGUGUGUGUAAAAGAUCAAGAGGUCACAUAUUUUCUAUCUUUAGGGCACUGCACAUGUACAGAAAGUCCCCUUGGGGGGCAAAAAGAUGGGGGUGCCAUCCCGUAAUAGGUGAUGUCCAGGGCCCCCAGAGGCCUGUGUGCUGGAAUCCAUCUAGGAAAAAAAGCUGCACACACUUGUCAGGGAGGGUCCUAGGGCAGGGCAGGUAAUUUGCCAAAGACAAACAAAGACAGGAAGAACCACCCUGUACAGAUGAUUUAACAGUCUCUUUAUGGGGCUCCUCCUCCUUCGGGAGGAUGCCCACAGCCUUUCUAUUGGGUGUGAACUCUGCCUGCCUUCUGUCUUAACAAACCUCCUCUGUGUGCUCCUCCACGACUGUGCUGUGUCUUCAGUAACGCACAUUUAUUAUAUUUUUAGUUUUUGCCUCCUGGAGAAAUGCAUUUUUUACUGGGGGCAAGAAUGAGGAGAACCUUGUUUCUAGUUUCUAGCCACUGGUGGACUAGAGAUUAAGAUUCCUGGUUUUUCACCCAGGCCACCCGGGUCCAAUUCCUGGGCAGAGGACUAAGCCACUCUUCAUGGUUGAUCUCUCUCCAAGAUCAUUGAUGCUGAAGCCUGGGAUUUCAAGGGACUCCCCAGUUCGGUUCUUGGAGAUGUCUCAGCUCCAGCCCCGCAUGGCUUAACCUCAGCCUCCCUGACUGACCCAGUACUCCAGGCUCUGCUCCAAGGAUCCACAGAUAGUAGCCUCGUGACCUCUGUCUAGGAUGCUUCAGGAUGCUCGUCAAUUUGGUCAGAAGCUGGUGUGCAGGCGGCCACUGGGUCCCAGAGAGGAGACUGAGCAUCACAUGGCUGGUUGUCUGAACACCCUAGACCUGGUGAUCAUAGGUGUGCGCAGGAUGUUGGGAGCUGGCGUGCACAUCCUGGUUGGUGCAGUGGCCAAGUACAUCGCUGGACCAGCAAUCGUCCUCUCCUUCUUGGUGGCUGCCCUGUCUUCUCUGUUGUCAGGGUUCUGCUAUAUAGAAUUUGGGGCCCGGGUACCAAGCUCUGGUUCUAUGUAUCUCUACAGCUAUACCAUCAUGGGUCAGGUGUAUGGCUUCAUCAUUGGCUGGAAUCGCAUACUGUCCUUAACUGUUGGCACUGCCUGUAUAGCCCGGGCCUGGAGCUACACCUUUGACAGCCUGACUGGGAACCACAUCUCUCAGGGGUUAGAGGGAACUUUCUCCCUAUAUAUGCCCUACUACCUGGCCAAGUACCCAGACUUUUUUGCCCUGGGCCUGGUGCUGCUGCUCACGGGACUACUGGUUCUGGGAGUUCAUGUGUUACCCCAGGUUAACAAAGUGUUCAUGGGCAUCAACAUUUUGGUCCUCAGCUUCAUCAUCGUCUCUGGCUUCAUUAAGGGAGACCUGCACAACUGGAAGCUCACGGAACAGGACUAUACAUUGAACACAUCUGAAUCCAAUGACAUUUAUAGCUUGGGCCCUCUGGGUUCUGGAGGGUUUGUGCCUUUUGGCCUUGAUGGGGUUCUCCGAGGAGCAGCUUUAUGUUCCUACAUGUUUAUUGGUUUUGAUUCCAUUGUCACUACAGGGGAAAAAGCCCAAAAUCCUCAGCGGUCCAUCCCCAUCAGCAUCGUGGUCUCAGUCUUGAUCUGCUUUGUGGCAUACUUUGGUGUCUCAGCAGCUCUCACCCUCAUGGUGCCCUACUACCAAAUUCACCCUGACAGCCCCUUUCUACAGGCUUUUCUCCAUGUUGGGUGGGGCCCUGCCACAUAUGCCGUGGCUGUUGGCAUCCUCUGUGCUCUUUCAUCCAGCCUCCUGAACACCAUGUUUGCCAUGUCUUGGUUGAUCUACACAAUGGCAGAGGAUGGGCUCCUUUUCCGAUUUCUUGCCCAGAUCAAUGCCCGUACACACACUCACAUCAAGGUUAUUAUGAUUUCUGGAAUCCUUACAGGGGUCUUGGCAUUACUCUUCCAUUUCAGUGAUCUGAUGGAUCUCAUGUCACUUCGGUCCCUGCUUGCUAACUUGGUGGUCGAUUUUUCUGUCCUUGUGCUCAGGUAUCACUCAGACCAGAAUUUAAGCAAGAACCAAAAAACAGAGGAAGAAAGUGAGAUGGAGCUUGUAGUCAAAGAAAGGUCUUUGGACUCUGUACUUGAAGCCGGCACCUCAAGGAAUCUAAAGAGUCUGUGGUUCCCUGCCAGCACCAUCCCCACCCAGACAUCUGGCCAGAUUGUCUAUGGAUGUGCCAUAGUGCUUGUUGUCCUGCUGAUAAUCUUGAGCCUGAUCGUGUACCAGUGGCCCAGCCAGGUGUUCUCUGGAGACCCCAUGCUCACAACAGUGGCUGUGCUGCUGCUGCUGCUCAUCACUGGGGUCACGGCCAUCAUCUGGAGGCAGCCCCAGGACCCCACUGCUCUUCACUUCAGGGAUUUGCCAUAUACUUUGGAUAUGGGAUCCGACACAAGUUGGAGGAGAACACUGAGCAACACACUAGCCUCCACCUCCCAAAUGCUGGACAAAGACAUCCCUAGUGAUGAAUCAUCUUAACCACAGGAGAGAGAUGCUGUGUGGAAUCCCUCCAUGCACUGGAGGAUCUGCUUCGGGAGGCACUGUGAGCCUCUAUGGACGGUGAAGGCAGAAUGCAUUUACAGCUGUGUAUUUAUUGCUAGUGGACAAAGUGACUUUAAUGCUGCAAAUGCUGAAGGAAGCAUUUAAAAGGAUCAUCAGUUAAGUUCAGUCGCUCAGUCGUGUCUGACGCUUUGAGACCCCAUGAAUCGUAGCACGCCAGGCCUCCCUGUCAUCACCAACUCCCGGACUUCACUCAAAUUCUUGUUCAUCGAGUUGGGCAAUACACACCCAGAAAAGAGAAUUUUCAUGAAAAAUGUACAGAAAUGUAACCAGAAACCAGAGGAAGAAAUAAAAUAUUAACUUGCACAUAA